ACGAAGAGAGAAGAGACUUCCUUAGGAAUCCACUCGACCGUUUUAUUGUUUGAAGUAAGCGAAUCGUAGUGGUUAGUCUCCUCUGCCACUAUGUAUGAAACAGACAAGCAAGGAAGAAGAAGAACAAAAGAGAGGGAAACCAUGUUAAACUCGCAGUGCAUGCUCUUAGGGAAAGGCCACUUAGGCACCAUUUGGCUUGCUGCCUAUUUCUACAAGAAACUGAAAAAAGCUGAGGUUGACCACACUGACAUCCCCUCAUCUGUUGAUAAGAUUUUAAAAGAUGAGUUUCAAGUGGUCACUUAUAGAGUACUGGCCUACCUCCUCCUUGGUACUGUGAGGGUGUACGCCAAAAAGGUUGAAUAUCUGUUCGAAGACUGCCAUGAGGUGCUAAAUAAUAUUAAUGAUUUUGUGCUUAAUACAAAGGAUAAUGUACGUAUUGAAACCCUCCGUGCACCUUAUUUCUCCAUUACUCUACCAGAGAGGUUUGAGCUUGAUGCUUUUGAUCUGGGAAUCCUUGAAGAUAUCAGUGACGGCAAUGUGUUGCCUCAAGAAGAGAUUACUCUGAAAGAUUCUGCAUGGAAAAUUGAGGCAUCAGGGCAUUUCCCUCUAGACGAGUAUCAUUGCGAGGAUUCCAUUGCAGGUCACGGUACAGGCUCCAUAGAAUACACUCCAAAUGUGAAUGAUUCCUCCCGUUUGAUGGAAAUUGAUAUGCGAGAUGGCAUAUCAUAUAGCCUAGGAAACUUGGAAGCGAGCGUAGAAAAGCUUCGUGAUAGUAGGUUCCCUCAAAAAGGGUGUAUGAAUUUUGAAGCCGUUCACAUGGUUGAGGAAGAGCCUCCUGAUGCUACAGAACCAUGUGGUGCAGAUCACCAACCAGAGGAAGAGUAUAUGAAGGUUCCAGAACUGGAAAACUCAGAAAAUGAAAUAUAUGGAAUCACAAGUAUGGAGAACCUUCAAGACAACAGCUUCACUGAAGAUUCAUGUGAAAGCCUUGAAAUGCUUAGAGGUUAUGGGGAUGUUAAUCUGGGACUUGUUAAGCAAUCUGGUAAACAUCAUAAAGCUGAUACUGCACAGUCAGAUAAUCAAGUGCAACAGCUUAUUACAGAGGACCACCAUUUAAGCAAUGUGCUAGCAAGCAUAGAGAAGCUUAAAGAUAAUUUGAUUUCUAUGGAAGAAUUGGAUGAUAAUUUUCUUCAUGGGCCUGAGGAUAAAGUUCUGGCACCUGUUCAACCAUCUGGUACUAAGCAUGAGAGUGAUACAGAACAGAAACUUCUAGAAUCCGUUCAACCAUUUGGUACUAAGCAUGGGAGUGAUACAGAGCAAAAAUCCACACAAACAUUAAAAAACAUAAAGUCGCAGGUUAUUACAAAAGACCCUCAGAUGUCAAUCACACUUGAUGCAACUCCUCACUCUGAUUUCCCAGUUGCUGAAGGAGAUCCACCUGAGUUGAUUGGUAUCCCUACACCAGCUGCAAGGGAGCAGGCUCCUACUUUCAGGAAAAGAAAGCCUGUCAUUGAUGAUGUCGUUGUGUUUCCAAAUAUUGCCAUUAAGGAAAGUAUAGGGGACUCAAGUGAUCUGGUCAUCAAACGGAAAAAAGUUCCUCGCACUCCUCUUGCUGUCUGGAAAGCUCAAACUUCCACCAAUCUUCGCCGAUGUUUCUUGGAGUCUUCUGUUUCUUGCACGUCAGAGCUUAGACACCUCUUCUGUGGAACAAAAUUAAAGGUUCCAGAAUUAAUUGAAACUGCAAGAGGACUGGAAGACUUAGACAUGGCAGAAACUCCUACUGUAAUUCGAUCCAUUCAAAUUGUAGAAUGUCAAGAGAAGUUAGAAGAGCCAGUGCCUGAUACUAUUAGUAGAUCGGUUCAUAUUGUAGAAUGUCCAGAACCGUUAGCGUUAGACGUGCCAGAACGUGAUACUGUUGGUAGAUUAGUUCAAACAGUGGAACCUCCAGAAAGGUUAGAAGUGUCGGAAUCUUAUACUGCUGGCAGUCCCUUAGAGCAAACAGUUUUCGCUCCUGGAACACCUGUUAGGCAGACAUCAUCUUCGAGAUCUUUAGAGUUCUUUGAGCGUGAGCCAUCCUCUCCAAAGGAUCAAGUGCUUGAUCUAAAUUCGAUGGAUGAGGAGUUCGGUACUUGUGAAGGAGACGACGAGGAAUAUUUAGGAUUGUCGGAAAGGACCAGAUUGGCGGCUGAAUACUUGGACGAAAGUUUUCUAAAUGCAAAACAAAGAAGAGUGGAGGAAGUAGUAGAUUUAUUGCCACUUUUGAAGGGAAGAACGAAGAGAGACAGUGCAAAGUUCUUUUAUGAAGUAUUGGUGAUGACAUCUGAAGGAUGCGUGGAAGUGAGGCAAGAUAAUGCUUAUGGUGACAUUCAUAUCAGUAAAGCCUCUCAAUGGGAACAAAUUUGCGGCACUGACAGUAUGAGAAACCAUGGACAGGACUUCUAGAUUGAAUUCAUGAAUGCGUGAACUUCAAAAAAAGUUCUUCAAUUUUGCUGCAUGGUAGCAGCUUUUUUGUAUGGGUAGUAUGUUUAAUUUGUUCAAAGUUGGAGGUUAGAAGGAAGCUUUAUUGGUUUGGUUUAGCAUCAAUGUUGCUAAUAACAAUUUCUAAUCAUUAUUUUUUUUUCUUUUCACCUGGAGAGUACUCAAGACUAUUAUAGAAGGGGAAUUUAAUAAUUAAUCAAUAUUUGAUUAUA